GGCGAUGGACGACUCGCGGGCGGCUCUCGGCCAGGCAGUCGAGCACAGAGGCCAUACUACAAGGUUCGGAUUCCCGAAAUGCUGCUGCCAUCGCUUUGCCCUGUGAAUGAUGUGACCCGUGUGCGGAACAUGGGCAAGCCGCUGCAAAGCCGCUAUGGAACUUUGAUGAGUAGAAGUGGAACUGGAUCCAUGCCGGCCCUUCCCGCGACUCCAUCGGCUUCUUCGUCUUGUUUGCCACUGCCUCCACAGCCUUCACAGCCACCGCCUGCACAGUCGCAGCAUUUCCGAUUGCCAGCAGGUACCCUGGGUAUCGUCUCACAAGUGGCCAUACAGUAUGCUGUGAACCCAUUGAAGGAUUCGCGGCUAAAACCAUCUCCGCGUUAUGAACUGCCUCUUGAGGCUUCCCCGAGGCUCGCACGACGGAAGUCCGCCGAAAUACCCCUGGAGGAGCUGCCGCUGCCAUGCAGGGAAUCCAUCGCAGACUUGACCACCUCCGUGUCGCAGGUACUGCACAAGCCCACUGUUGCAUUGAAGCGCUCGAUGCACUUGAUGGACGGGCUGCAGACAUUGCGUUGUUUGGGAAGCUCUGGUGCUGACGCCGCAAGCAGGUCUCCCACGAUUUCCCCACGAUCACAGGAGGAGACUUGGGCAGAUCCAACCAGCCCUGCCAGCUUGCUCAGUCUGCAGCUAACUGCACCGGACACCACUCCAGUAAGCGUUCGAAGACCGAAAGCAAGCGAAGAGGGACCUACAGAGGAGGAUCCUUUGUUGAUCGCGGUCCUCAAGGAUGUGCAGGACAGCUCACAGUCUUUGCUUCUGAAGAUGAAGCGCAUCGAAGAGGCCCAGAGCAUGGUCAAGCGUUGCAAGGGCACUCGCCAUCCUACGAACCUGGUGACGGAUCGCGUGCGCCUGGUUAUUGAGCGAAAAGCUUCGCUGCUGCGCCAGGUCGAAGAUCGGAUGGCAGAGUUCCAGGCUUGUGUCGCAGUCUUGCUGUGUCACUCUACAGCUUGUCCAUGCCAUGGCAUCAUCUUGCCGAAUGUGCCGUCGCAGCACAGGCACUGUGCGGCGGUGCAUGGCUUCACUGCGCCCGGAGCACUGGCACAAGGACCCAGACCUUCUGGCAGCCUCCAGAGAAAGUGCUCAAAGUGCUGGGCAGCUGCAGCGAUUCUGAGUGGAGGAUGGGUCGCUGCUGUGCUCGGCAAGAAGCUGCAGCGCAGCUCCGAUGAGCAGGCUUCGCGGGCCUUCUGGCUUGCUCGAGAGCGGCGUUGCCAGAUGCACGGCGGUACGAACGACUCUCCGAUGGAGUUGAUCCGAGGAGUUCUGUCGCGAAAGCAGCCCCUGAAGGCAACUUCUCUGUACCUGCUGUACUGUUCUUCUGUCACCGCCAGCUUUAUGCACUGCAGGCACUACGCAGCUAGUGGCCAGCCGUGGUUCGUGGAAGAGGUGGCACACAUGGCACAGUACAUCAUGGAAAGCCACGACGUGAUGCAAACUUGCACUGGAUUUUUGGCAACCGCGCUGUUCAUGACAUUGUCCUUCCGUAUGAACCGAGCAGCAACAAGAUGGUGGCAUGGACGGGAGAUGUGUGCCAAUUUGCUCAGCAGCGCGCGUUCCCUCGGCCAAGAGGCACAGCUCUGCUGCAAUGACAAGGCAUCUGCGAUGGAGCUCAGUCUGCUAGGCUAUGCCUUCGUGCGAUCCGCUGAGUUCCAUGUGCGGCUGGAGCCGCCCGAACGCUAUGUUGAAGCCUUCGUUUACUUGCUUCCAAAGCCGAUCCUUGAGGAUCUCUUGGCAGCUCCACACAGACCGUAUUUUUUGACCCAGCGGCUGACCUCACGGCUUGCAGACGCGUAUGAUGCCGGCCACACGAAAAACGUGCGCUUGGUUGUAGCGGUCCAGAACCACGUGAACAAGUUGGCCCAGAUCAUGGAAGACAUGGAAACGCUCCGCAGCACGCCGGAGCCGUGGGGAUACCAGAAGCACAAUGCGCUCUUGAUGCAGCUGUGGCUCGCGAUAUUGCCGGUCGCAUUAACCCCGACAUUGCUUUGGGCAACGCCGCUGCUAGGCGCCUCCAUCGGCUACGCGGUGUACAAACUGGAAGACGUGGCCGUUGAGAUUUGCAACCCCUUCGGAAUGGACAACAGCGACAUAAGCUUGUGCAUCAUGAACGACAGGUUUCAGCAGGAGUUGUUGGCAGCGCUGCAGACUUGGCUACAGCACGACAGCCGCGUUUCUGUGGUCAUCCCGCAGCUUCCAAGUGAAGUAGCUGAGAAGAUGGAUGAAGUGUGCCUAAAAAAACCUGCAUUGUGUCGGUUGUGCGUCUACUUCGCUGUGUUUGGGUGA